UGUAUUGAAUGAUAUGAUUCAAUCAAUGUAACUAAAUAUCAUUAAAUAGAUCGAUAGAGAGUUUUAUUAACAAAAUUGAGGACUCUAAGUAAUAAUAAUUUCUUGGAAAAUUGUUUGAUUACCACUGUUUGGAACAGAACAGGUAUCAUCCUCAAGAGUUGUCAAAGCGAGACGAUUCAGGUGGGAGAUCCUCCUCUUAUAUAAAUACGAGAGGAUUGCAUAAGGAUGAGAUCGAAGGUGAAUCUUGACGAGUUAACCCGUUAAAAAGUGAUAAGAAACGGAGUAAAAAAUGAAAGUGAAAAUUUUAUUGGUGUUUACAAUCGGUAUUAUAUCAUCACAAGCAGCCGAUUUAAAACUACUAGAUAUAGCACCAGAAGAAGCUGACCAAUACAUAAACCAACAAGAUCAAUCACUCCGUUACGCCCCACAAAUUGAAACGAGAGUACCAUCAGUGCGAUACAUAGGAAACCAACCACACCAAGUUAUAGAAGACAUCUACUUAGCAAAUCAAUAUCAUGGUCAAAAUGGACUUGGUGAUUACGUCUACGGUUACGCCGUUCCAGACAUCGCCAAAUCAGAACAAAAAAAAGCCAACCAAAUAACCGGAUCUUAUCAGUACAUAAACGGAGGUGGACAAGAAAUUAAAGUGAAAUAUUGGGAUAAUGGAAACGGUUUCCACCAAGAAGAUAAUAUCCCUCAAAUUUUACCCAGACAAGUUGAAGAUUCACCCGAAGUUAAAGCUGCUAAAGAAGAACAUUUGAGGAGAUGGCAAGAAGAAGCUGAAAGAAAUUCAAAACCACCAGCUUACCCAUAUUCACAACAACAACCUCAAGAUUCUCAAUCCAAUUACAAUAAUUACAACAACGUUGAUUAUAGCGGACAAUACUCUGAAAAUCAACAAAAUUAUGCCCAAACCACUGAAGAUCCAAGCAAAUGGGAAUACAAACCGAGCGAAGAAGAGAAAGGACCACCAAGAGGAUUUUUCUAUAAAUUUGAUUAUCCCGUUGGAGUUAUUGUUAGCCAAGGCGGGUAUGAGAAGAAAAAUUAAACAUAAAAUGAAGAAUUUAAAGCUUAAUUAAUAAUACAUUUUUAAUUUGCUAAUAAUAAGUUUAAUUUAAGCUUAUUUUAGUCUUUACCGAAAGAUAAUUGUACGAUUAAUAAUAAAAAUGAAGCAAUUUGCUUUUGGUAGAAACAUUUAAAAUUAAGAGCUUGUAUUUAUUGUAGAGUAGAUUGUAAUAAAAAUUUCCACAAAAAAUAAUUAAAAUGUCA